AUUUUAGCUCCACAAAAUUUCGAAUACAAUUUUUGUGUUGGUCGAUGUAAAUUUCCUUUAACCGGUCGUAUGAACGCUACUAAUCAUGCUAUUGUUCAGACAUUGAUGUUUGUUAAAAAAGCUGGCAAUGUUCCAAAUGCUUGUUGUGCUCCUAUUUCCUUUUCAAAAUUACGAGUUAUCAGUCGUAAUGAGGAUGGUACCUUUGAAAUGCGACAUAUGCGAGAUAUUGUUGCUGAA